AUGGUCACCGGAAUCGGAGCCACCGCGCAACAGGUCGCCGGUUCUCCGGCCACCACGCAGAUCCCACCGGCCGAGCCGGUGAAACGCUCCAGCGAUAAUCGACGGAGCAAUAAACCGAUCAUGGAAAAGCGGCGCCGGGCUCGCAUCAACAACUGCCUGAACGAGCUGAAGACGCUGAUCCUCGACGCCAUGAAGAAAGACCCCGCACGUCACUCGAAGCUUGAAAAAGCCGACAUCCUGGAGAUGACGGUGAAGCAUCUCGAGAACCUGCAGCGCCAACAGAGCGCUAUGUCGCAGGCAACCGACCCGUCAGUGGUGAACAAGUUCAAGGCCGGUUUCAACGAGUGCGCCCAAGAGGUGGGUCGUUUCCCAGAGAUGGAUCCGCACGUGAAACGCCGUCUGUUGCAACAUCUUAGCAACUGCAUCAACGGCAAAUCGGACCUACCCAAGCGUCAUCACCAUCAUCAGCAACAGCAGCCACCCCAACAUAUUCUGCCGUCCCCGCCGAGCUCACCCGAGCAACAUGGCCACCCACUUGGCCACCCGUACGGACUGCCACCAUCCCCACUUAGCGCCAUCCAGGCCGGUAACGGUAGCGUUUACAUGGCCGGAUCGAGCGUUCAACUCAUCCCCACCAAGCUCCCGAAUGGUGGUAUUGCGUUCGUCCUGCCUACUACGGCCGCCCAAGCCCAGCAACAGCAUCAGCAGCUCCAGCAACUGCAGCAGCACCAACAACUCCAGCAGCAGCAGCAGCAACAACCACCCGUACCUCUACUCGUGCCCAUCCCGAGCCGCACCGCCUCGACAGGAUCAGCAUCUUCGAGCCAAUCUGGUUCGUCCUCGCUGUACGAUCGUGUCCCGCGUGAACAUGCUACUGCAUCACCGUACCACGCACCUCCCAGCCCUGCCAACUCCCACUACGAACCUAUGGAGUGCCACCAGCAGUCCUCGGCUUCCUCGUCGGCGUCCUCUUCGUCGUCGUCCUUCAGCAGCCCCGACAGUCCGCUCUCGCUCGUCAUGAAGAAACCGUACCAUGAUGACGAUGAUGAUCACGAGAUGAAGCAGGACGAUGACGGCAAACCAUGGCGCCCCUGGUAAACCACCCACUCGGGAGGGCGGGCGAACAGGAGUCAUUCAACACAACAGUACCUAACAAAAAAAAAACGCCCCACGGAGCGGACAGGUCGCUGCAGUGCAGUGGCUUUCCCUUGCGGACGGCGGAUCCUCGGGGCGCUGGUCAUGCGAUUUUUCGUCAACUCAUGGAAAAUCUCAUGCACCGAAAUGGCCUCGCGGUUAUGUGAGGAGAAGGAUGCGUGCAUGUGUGUGUGUGUGUGUGCGAGUACGGGUGUGUGAGCCACAUCCCGGCGAAUCGUGAUGCUGUGAAUAACUUUUAAGGACCAAUGGGCCAGGACACAGUGCGACCAGAAAGCUUUACGCGUGCGUGUGUUUGUUUGUGUAUGUGUGCGGCCAAGGAUGUUGUGUUUUCCAUUAUCGUUUUUUUUACCUCCAAAAAACCGCAGCUUCGUGUGAUGAUUAGCUUCGUUCGCGUGGUAGGGCUUUAGUUUAGGCACGGGGUUGGGACAAGAACCAAAACGUCAACGAUGCGACAAAAAUCACCAACGUCUUCCGAAGUGAGAUCAGCCGUGGCACGCGCGUGAAAACGGGCUUCCAAACUUGCAACAGUGCGUGCGCUAGUUUUCUUUUUGUUUUCACUACGUGCGUGCCGCGGUCCGAUCGAGCUUUUCUUCUUUCAUUCACUUACGUUUAAAAUUUAACUUAAUUUUGAUUCGCUAAAUUAUUGCUCCCCGCGAUGGGAGGACCGAUUAGGAUGGAUUAGCUUUUUUUUUUGUGCCAGAAUUGUUUGAAAUUUGUUAGAAAAGUCGCGAAACUCCCACUGAAAUGGUAUGCGCGAGCGCAGGGAUGAUAGAAACGCUGGCAUGUUAGCUUCCCAAAAAAAAAAAACGAAACAAAAAACUCACCUGAACCGCGUUUUCAAGGUCAGCAUAGGUUUAGCGUAGCGAGUACCGUGUACGGAAGAAACCGUGAGCAAUCAUUGUAGCAAUGAGCGAUAGUUCGUAAGGCACCAAGGGAGUGAGAUGUAUUUUAUAUGCUAUUGCGUAGGAGAACGAUAUGUAUGUAUUUUAUUUUUAUAUAUUAUUGAGCAUUAGACUAGGGUCGAAGCCACUAGCUAGCGGUGUAAGUGUCCUAAAGAAUCCUAUGUAUAAAAACAGAAGCGCUAUUUUUAAUAUAAAACAGAAAAUCCUAGCACACACAACGACCCCCUUGAAGGGCUUGAUGUGCAUAAAUCGAAAAUAUAAAACGGUAUCAUACUGCAACAUAUGAUCAAA